AACUGUCAUUGGUGUUGAACGGUUUACAGAUGCAAAUGGACGAUUCUAAAGACAAUAGACAGCGACAUGCUGCGUUGAAAUCUUUUUUAUCUGGAGGUGGUGGUGGUGUUGUGAUGCAGUUGGAGUAGAGGAAGCAUACGGCACUUAGAAUCAUCGCUCUUCUCCGAUAAGAAUUUACGGAGCUCAGUCUCCCUAAAUUGACUCUAAUAGGCUCAUUCAUUUGAUCUCACAGGUUGGCGUGUCACACCCGUUUGACCUUGUCAAAGUUCUUAUGCAAACCUCCACAAAACAUGAGACCAAUACCUUUCGGGCAAUGAGGAAUAUAUUCGUUAACAAUGGACCUCGUGGGUUGUACAAAGGAGUUGCGCCAGUGUUGAUCGGGACGCCGCCUGUCCUGGCGACCUGUCUUUGGUCUUAUUACAUAGGCCAAGUACUCGUGCGCGAUGUGACAGGAGGUCCAGGUCGCCGGCGUUCGCCGACAUCCGGCAACGUUGAACUCGUGGACACGCUGUCCUUGUCGCAAAUUGCUCUUGCCGGCGCAUUUUCCGCUAUUCCGACUGCCGCCAUCCUUGGUCCAGCGGAACAGAUCAAGAUACGAUUACAGGUCAAAACGGGCAAAGGAACCGCUACGGAAAUCAUAAGGCAGAUAGUUCGAGAGGGCGGUGUACGGUCUCUGUUUCGGGGCACUGGUCUUACAUUGUUACGUGAUGUCCCAGGUAGCUUCUUUUAUUUUGCGACCUAUGAAGCGGUUAAGCGUGGGUUGAGUUCGGAUAUUGGUGUUGAGUUGAAUGCAGGGACUAUUCUGUUGGCUGGAGGACUUGCUGGCAUGGCAAAUUGGACGGUAGCCAUACCGUUUGACACUGUGAAAUCACGCUAUCAAUCAGGCGGUGCGCCAGUGUCUCUGGCUACCUGUUUCCGGCAAACUCUGGCCGAAGGCGGCCUUCCUGCGUUGUUUCGAGGUCUGGGACCGACACUCAUCAGGGCGUUUCCAGCGAGUGCUGCGUUCUUUCUAGGAGUGGAAGGAAGCAAAUAUGCACUCAAUCGGAUAUUAUAACCAUAUACAUACUGCUGUACAUAGUGCUGGUAAAUUAUUCUGACCGUAAUAAAGUGUGGAUAGAUCUACAGAA